AUCGUGACUGCAGCAGACCGAAUGUAUAUGUAUACUGUCGUGAGAUGGCAAAUUGUUAAUUAUACUUAAAGUGACCUGUCUUCUAGCCACGCUUCUACUGCGAGCCUUUUCCGUUAAGGUAGCCGCGCGCCUCGCCAGCUGAACGCUGUUGAGGCCCGCGCCCUUUUAGGUUGGUGCUAGGUUGCAAGCGCGAAUGGCUCUUUCGGCACGUUCCUCUCCACUCCAGCGCAGCGGCAGCGGGCCCUUGCCGUCUGCGCCCGCCUUGCGCCUUACCCGACGGACGAGUGGCCAGCUUCCUCAUCCACCUCUUAGCAGGGCCUGCUCUUGUCCCGCGGCGCCCGAGGAUAUUGGGGUGCCCAGCACAACCGGUGUCAGUUCUGUGGACCCUUUCUUAGCUGCUGGGCGUCGCCUUCAGACCCUACUAUCGCGCGUCGGCGAUGGCGAGGACGAAAUGCUGGACUCGCUCGUGGAGCAGGAGUCUCCGGAGUCCAAGCUGCAGACCAGCGUCAUUCUGGGCGGUUGCAUGACCAUGGGCGCUGUGCUGCUGUCUAGUUUCUUGGGUCAGGACCCCUGGGGCGGUGUCGCGCCAUCGCUCGAGACGCUGCACGCAGCUGGCAUUGGUGCGGCGGUGGCCCUGCCGCUGACUGCGCUGCGACUGUGGACCUGGACACCAGCGGCUGCGAAGGCUCUGCCUGCGCUGCAGGACGUGCACGCGGGCCAGCUAGAGGUGCACCGCCCCUGGCUGUCCUGCAUGGGUCGCGGGCAGGUGCUGACCAUGAUGGCGCUGGAGGUGCUGCCGGCCACCAUGCUGCUCUUCCCCGCGGGGCAGGCGGCCAUCAUGGCGGCGGUGGCCAUGUACGGCCAUCUGAUCAGCGGCGCCGGCAUGGAGUCCGGGUCUCAGGAGACCUACCUGACCGCCCUGGCGCUGGUGCUGACAGCGGCCGCCUCGGGGGUGGGGCGCUCGCUGGACCUCAGCGUCAGCGACGAGGAGUACGAGACGGUGCAGGCAGCGGCGCAGAACGCGGACAGGUACUACCGCACGGUGGCUGCCGACGUGCACACCAGCCCCGCGGACGCCUCCCGCGCCGCCGAGGCCUUCCGCUUCGUGGCGCAGGCCUGGCUGCAGACCCGCGGCGAGGCGUCGCUGCUGGCGGGGCUGCUGAGCGCGGUGGACGUGCUGCUGCUGGGGGCGCUGUGGCACGGCACCGGCAACCUGGCAGCCCCCGCGGUGGCGGCGCUGGCGCUGAACGCAGUGGACUACUGGCAGCUGCACAGCUCGGUGCUGGGGCGGGAGGCCAAGGUGGCGCAGGGGGGCAGCGGGGGAGGCGCGGGGGGUAAGUGAGGAAGGAGAGGAACUGGGGGGGGAGGAGAAAGUAGCCAUGUGAGAAGUCAGGGUAGAGUGGGGGAUGGCGAGGGAGGUGUUGCUGCUGGCGGGAGGAGGGAACGGAGGGGCAGGUGGCUGAGGAAGGAGGGAACCUAAGGCGAGGAGGUAGGCGGGUUGUGAGGUGUACAUGGUUGUAAUGGUUGUAGUGCAAUAUUUAAGGCGUUCCUAAAGAGGGGAUGUUGCGUGGGAGAGAGUUGGUUGUCGUUGUUGCUUGGGAGAGAUGGGAGGUGCAUGGAGGGAGGCGCGAGGGUAGCGUGUGGGUCAGGAUGUGGGCACGAGUUCAGGGCGUUCCCUGGCUUAACGUUCCUGUGGACAAGUUUGUCUGGGUGACGGUGUGGGCGCUUUGCCGUGUUGUGGGUGGACCGGUUUGAAGUACUGGGGCUGGGGCCGGUGAAUGAGGUUCGGGCGGAUGCACGGGGGCGCUGCGGGCGGGUGGCCGUGGGCCCUCGCGUCUGCCGCAUCCAGCAUGGUUGCACCCCUUGGCCCGGCCUAGCGUCGAAGUGAUCCUGAUGCUUGUGAGUCGGGAGAACCUGGAUAAGGCCGUGUGGGCUGCGCGGCCGCUGCAUGGAGAGCGUUGGCAGUCCUGUUGGUGUGUGUGGCAUUUGUGCAGGUCUGCUGCUGCGCAGAAGCAGGGCACUUUAGGAGGGAAACGUGAGGGAGCAGUGCGGAUUCGGGCGCAUCUGGCAUGCAGGGCGAGGGGGUGCGGAGAGGGUGGAUGAGAUGGAUUGCGGUAAUGGUGGGGGCGUGGCUGAAUUGGACACAACACCGUGCGCCUCUCUUUCGCGGAGAAUGUUGCGUGGGUGGCCCCCGGCACUCAUCAUCAUGAGCUUGUCGUUACACGUUUUCCUGCUGUAGACACCGGUUUUGGAUGGAACGUUUGAGAUUUUGAGUUUUACAGAUUUGCGAAAGAAGAGAGCGAAGGUGCAUUCCCUGGAGGCCUGCGAGGAGAGGAGAGGGGACUGUGGCCCUGGCGCUGCGGGACGGAGGGAGACUGGGUGGACUCGUGCCGAUCCCAUUCCUAUGAAAAGAGAAGAGACGUUUUUUAUGCCGCUUUAUCUUCCUAACUAUGGCGGCUAUCUUGCGAGACAUAUGACGCUACCGCGCACAUUCCCUAACCUAUACGGCAUCACCUGUGCGCUGCGUGCUCGGAGGACGUGGCUCGCUGUUUGCCGGAGUGGACGCGGUGGGUUUGCGCGCUGCUUGGGAUUACUUCCAAGUCGCCUCGUCACGGUGAAUUCGCGGUUGUGGCGGAAGAGCGGACUUGCUCACAUGUUAGGCUGCAUGUCCUGGUCGCUACUGGCGCAGUAGCGCUAGAGGGGUAUGGCGCUUGGCCCGGGCGGCACACGCCCUUGCGGCUGGCGCGGAGUGGGAGCGGAGGGGAACUUGGAGCGAUCGAGCGAUCGGCGGGUGUUGCAUGCGCUGCGUUACACCGCGUCUUCUGCUUUUGUUGACGGCGGCGGUUGGAAGCGGCGGCAGGAGAGGUGGAGAAUGGGUCUCCACAUGAGGUCGCGCGGGUCUUGCCGGAUCCAUGCGAAAGCUGGUGGCGAUGAUGAUGAUGACGAUGAUGACAUAUUGUAUGUCGAGCGCGAGUGCAAGUGCGCAAUAUGCAACAUACAUAUAAUAUUUUGGCCAAGGUAAUGGGUCGGGGGUCAUUAGGGCCCUGCGUUGCAAAGGACGAGAACAGUAUUGCCGACACACCCGUUGAGCUGCGCAAUUCCUCAUCAUGCGCAUAUCGUUGUUAUUCUGGCAGGCUUGCACGUAUAUACGGUUAUCGACAUGGACGAACCUUUAUCAUCAUGAAGGCGGAAAAUGCACCUUAAAAGUAUUCUGGGCAUAACUUGAUUAGUAACAUCUGGUUGGAUGUUUGUUAUCCUCCUUGUCGCUGUUGUUGUCGUCUGUCCGGUUCCGUCCUGUUUGUUUGUCGGUUGCACGGGUCUUUGUGCCUGUUGGUUUGUGUGUUGUUGGUACGCCGUGGAUACGGUUUUGGUUUCAGUCGGCUAGUACCGAAGUAUUAAUAUUUGAAGGAUAUAUUGCCUGCCGUGGCGAUCCUAAAGGGAAGUUGGCGGAGGUUUAGUAGGACGUUGGUCGCAGUUUGCAUGCACGACGGCCGCAUGCCAACCUGGGUCGUGGCUCUGGCGUUCCAGGUGCUACUUCGUCCGGUUAUUGGGUCAACACAUAUGAGGGGUAAGCGGCUAAAGUAACAAUGUGGACUGGCCCAUUUUGGUCUUAACAGGCUUUUGCUGCUUCAGUUUGGCUGGACCUAAACUUGAUUGAUGGCUCUUUUCAUUAAUGUCAUGAACACACUUUGACGUACGCAGUACGUAUCGGUGUUGUCGUUGUUGCCACGAACUUUAGGCAAACGUCUUUCACAGUUGCCAGGUUGUUGUAAAGUACGUUGCUUCAUCUGGCGAUACCCAACCCGUUGGGUACGUUACAAAACAGGCUACAGGCGAACGGUAACAGAAUCUGGUCAGGCAGCGAUGCAAAACACGUAGG